UUGAAUAAUCAUCCAUCUAUAUAUACGGAGCCAAUAAUGCAUGAUUAUGAACAAGGAGACAGAGUAGUAAAAUCCUAAUCGACCAAGAAAGCCAGCGCCCACCGGAAUGAAGACUUCGGCGACCAAUAAAACCGGUGUCGGUGCAGCGGCUCCGCUUCUCCCGAAGCUGAAACCGCUGCCUACAGAGGGGCGGGCGCCCUCGGUCACCGGCGCGGUGUUCAACGUGUCCACGUCGAUUAUGGGCGGCGGAAUCAUGUCGAUCCCGGCCACUCUCAAGGUCCUCGGCGUGAUUCCAGCUUUUGUGUCGAUCGUAAUGGUGGCGGUUUUGGCUGAUGUUUCCUUUGAAUUCAUAAUGAGGUUCACGAAUUUCGGCGAGUCGAAGACGUACGCCGGCGUGAUGUACGAGUCGUUUGGACGGGUAGGAUCUGUUGCUGUUCAGAUUUGUGUCAUGGUCAGCAACUUUGGUUGCCUCAUCAUUUACCUGAUUAUCAUCGGAGACGUCUUGUCCGGAAGUCAGCUUGAUGGCGAUGGGGCGGCACACUUGGGCGUUUUGGAAGAAUGGUUUGGGAUUUACUGGUGGAACUCGCGCGCCUUUGCUCUACUCGUCGUCCUCGUUUUUGUUUUGCUUCCACUGGUGCUGUUUCGGAGAGUAGAAUCGUUGAGAUUCAGUUCAGCGGUUUCGGUUCUGCUUGCUGUGGUUUUUGUUGGCAUAUGCUUCGCGAUGGCGAUCUCUGCAUUACUGGAAGGGAAAACAAGAAGGCCCAGAUUGGUACCCCAAUUGGAUAAUGGAGCCUCCUUCUUCAACCUCUUCACUGCCAUCCCUGUUAUAGUGACCGCUUUCACGUUUCAUUUUAAUGUUCAUCCGAUUGCAAUGGAACUGGGAAAACCAGCUGACAUGGCCGUAGCUGUCAAAAUCUCCCUCCUACUUUGUGCAGCAAUCUACUUUGCAGUGGGUAUAUUUGGUUACAUUCUAUUUGGAGAUUCACUCAUGGCCGACAUGCUCGUGAAUUUUGAUCAAAAUUCUUAUUCAGCUAUCGGUUCACUACUCAAUGAUGUUGUUCGGUUGAGCUAUGCACUCCACCUUAUGCUGGUGUUCCCUCUUUUAAACUUCUCUUUAAGGGCAAACAUUGAUGAAUUCCUAUUCCCCAAGAAGCCUCCUUUGGCAACAGAUAAGAGGAGAUUUGUGGCCCUCACUUUGAUUCUACUAGUCUGCUCUUAUCUUGCAGCAAUAGCCAUUCCAAAUAUUUGGUACUUCUUCCAGUUUAUUGGAUCAACUUCUAUUGUUUGCCUUGCCUUCAUCUUCCCAUCUGCUAUUGCUCUCAGAGAUGUUCAUGUUAUAUGUACAAGAAAGGACAAGAUCAUGGCAGCUCUAAUGGUAGUCCUUGCUGUAAUAACAAGCGCAAUUGCAAUUUCUACCAAUCUCUACAACUUUAUCGGAGCCAAGUUGUAAUUCUUCCAUCUAUCUAUAUUAUCUUUAUGAUGAUUUUGUGGUUGAGUUUGUUUUUGUGUCCAGUUACUGUAUGCUACCUCACUUUAUGUUGUUUGUAUCUUAAGCUUAUAUGGAUUCUAGUAGUCCAAAAGAAACUAGAAAUGAAACAUCUCAUUAUUUGAACC